ACCCACAAUCCACCGCGGUUCUCCACAUCAGGCUCUUUUAGCUCCGAGUGUCAAACUCAAGAUGGCGCUUCAUCGGUUGUUCCUGCUCUCCUCGGCGCUGCGCUCCGCUGCGAGCCUCACCCUGCGCAGGAACAUCGGCCUCUCCGCCGUCGUCUUCAACAAAGCCAAGGAGCUCGACCCCGUCCAGAAACUGUUCCUGGACAAGAUCCGGGAGUACAACAACAAGAGCAAGGCUGCCGGUGGCAUCGUGGACGCAGGCCCCGCCUACCAGAAGAACCUCUCUCAGGAAGUAACCAAGCUGCAGAGGCUUUACGGCGGGGGAGACCUCAACCAGUUCCCCACCUUCAAAUUCACAGAGCCGAAGUUUGACGAGGGGCCAAACUGAAGGAUGUCCGUGUCUUCUCCUACACGUCGCAAAUAUGUUGUAUUUAAUAAAGGAUUCAUGGGUUUAGCUGA